CAAAAACCCAAUUGCUUUUCAUUCUCUUCCAGUAAAAAACAUAGAACACAGAAAAAAAAAUAAAAAUCCAAUCUUUGCAAUCAAGACACAAAAUUGGAGCAAACCCAGUUCUAUUCUUGUCAAUUGGCAGCACCCCAUCAAAGAUUUUUAACAAUUUCAUGAUCUCAAGUUGUUAUUGAUGCCUCCUUCGAGAAGAAAGAAAUGGAGUGAGGCAGAGGAGAGGACUCUGAUAGACAAGUAUGGAGAGAUGGUAUGUGAUGGAAGUUUAGCUAAGAUGAAAACCAGGGAGAAAAAAUUUAGGCCCAUUUCUUUGUAUGUGAAUUCUGUGCAUCAUAUUCGUGACCCGAUUUCGUAUCCUUGGCAAUGGACUUGGAAAGAUGUGUGUACUAAAGUGCAGAAUAUGAGGCAUCAGUAUUCAUUGGUGAAGCAGAAGAUUAAGAAGACGGAAUCGGUUGGUGGUGAUUCCGGGGGUGAGGAGUUUGAUUGGGUUGAGGGGUUGACACAUUGGUCGAAUUUUUUGAGGUAUAAGGAGAUUUUUGGGGAUGUAGGACCUGUUUUUGUUGGAAAUGAUUCGAUGGUGGUUGGGAAUAAUGAGAAUGGUGAAGGGUUUGAUGGGAAUAGUCAUGGGAUGGAUGUUGUGCCGUUUGGGGAUUUGGGUCAGGGUGAAGAUGGCGAUUUUGGUGGCGGGAUGGAUGGGAAUGGUGUUUUGGGUUUGGAAUUUGAGUAUGAUGGGGAAGAAGGGGAGGAGAAUUUUAAUGGUGGUAAUAGCGGGCUUUUGAAGGAAGAUGGGGAUAAUGGGUUUGUUUAUCAAGAUCUUGAGCCAAUGGGGUCGGAUACGAGGAAGAAGCGGAAGGUGCUGAAGGGAUUAGAUAAAAAGGCAUGGGGGUUUCUUGCGAAUCAGUUGGGACAGUUACGAGAAUCUGAAACUCGGUUUGAGCAGCGUGAAGUGGAGAGAGAGCGUGAGAGACAGCGUAGAGAACAUUUGCGAGCUGAAAAUGAGCAGCUGCGUGAGAGGAAAUGGGAACAAAGGGAGAAUGAAAGACAAGAGAGGGUUAAUGAUAUGGAGAAGUUAAGGAGACAAAGAACAAGUGAAUGGGAAUCUAUGGAGAAAGAGAGCGAAGAGAGAUUCAGAAGAAGAAGAGAAGAACAGUUGAUGUACGAGACUGAGUUGGAAGAGAGGAUUAAUAGGAGGAGAUUAGAGUGGAAGAAGAAGAUUGACGAGACACUAAAUCAGCACCGAGCUGAGAUGAGCCAGAUUCAGACUAGGAUCCUUCAUGAACAGCAGAACCUUACUGGCCAUUUGCUUGGCAUGGUUUCACAAUGGACUGGUCCUUCGGCCGGUAUUCCUGAUCAUACUGGAGCUAGCAAUCACUAUCUUUCACAAAUGAUGCAGAACAUGCACCAUGUGAAUGACAUAGUGCAUGGUGACACUAGAGUUGAAGGAGAUAGUCAAGAUGAUCAAUUCAUCAUUGACUGAUCAGCUGAGUUACCUCCUGCCGUAAAUUUGGAGGAAAGACUUGAUGGCAAAAGCAGGUGUAAAGGUCAAGGAUUUAUCAAAGAUUAGUGCUACUGCUAUCUACUUUAUUCGGGUCGAAAACAUAUUCUUUCUAAAACUUCAGAAUUCUGUUCAUUACAGUUAUUUUAUUGCUGAGUCUAUAAUUUAUUGAAUAAUUGGUCCAGAUGGGGCUUUUGAAUUUCAAUGUAACUACUGCUAAAUAAAAAUAAAAAUAACUGUUUUUUGAAUA